CCGCCGCCGCCGCCGCCGCCGUGACAGCGGCCCGAGUAAACAAGCCGCGCCGCCGCGGCCGGGCCGCUGCCCCCGCCCGCGCCCGAGCCCAGGCCGAGCCUUGCCCUGGUCGCCGGCCGGGCCGAGGCCGCGCCGCCGCGCCUCCCCGCCUGCGCGCUGUGACGCCGCUGCCGGGCGCGGGGACCGCCCGAGCCAGGCCCCCGCCGCCGGGCUCCGCGCUCGGCCGAGGGCUGCCGAGCAGCCGCGGCCGGCACUCGCCCGGAAAAGUUUCCCCGCCCGGGCUCCCUAGGGUUCUAGAGAGGGAGAGAAAGACUUUGCCCAAGAAAACAGCUAGGGACAGCACCAAGGCUCAGUCUGUAGCCGGGUCCCAGAGCUGAGUGCUGGGCAGGACUGACCCAGAGAAGCUAGAAAUAUAUCCAGCCUCCUGGUUUGAGACAACCGGGACUCAGAGGAGCCGGCUCUCAUCCUGCCCUCCAGCCCUGCCCAUCUCGGCCUCAUGCCCCCACCAGUCAGCUCCGGGCCCCCGGCAGUGAGCAGGCACGUGGCAGCCGAGGCCCUGUAACCAGGCCAGGGAGACGGGAGCUCCGGGGUCCCAGUCAUCUGCCCCCCCAUGGAGCUGAGGCCCUGGUUGCUAUGGGUGGUAGCAGCAGCAGGAGCCUUGGUCCUGCUAGCAGCUGAUGCUCGUGGCCAAAAGGUCUUCACCAACACUUGGGCUGUGCACAUCUCUGGAGGCCCAGCUGUGGCUGACAGCCUGGCAUGGAAGCAUGGGUUCCACAACCUGGGCCAGAUCUUCGGUGACUAUUACCACUUCAGGCACAGAGCAGUGACAAAGCGGUCCCUGUCACCUCACCGCCCGCGGCACAGCCGGCUACAGAGGGAGCCUCAAGUAAAGUGGCUGGAGCAGCAGGUCGUAAAGCGAAGGACCAAGAGGGACGUGUAUCAGGAGCCCACAGACCCCAAGUUCCCCCAGCAGUGGUACCUGUCUGGUGUCACUCAGCGAGACUUGAAUGUGAAGGAAGCCUGGGCACAGGGCUUCACAGGUCACGGCAUUGUGGUCUCCAUCCUGGACGACGGCAUCGAGAAGAAUCACCCUGACUUGGCAGGCAAUUAUGAUCCUGGAGCCAGUUUUGACGUCAAUGACCAGGACCCCGACCCCCAGCCUCGGUACACACAGAUGAAUGACAACAGGCACGGCACUCGGUGUGCAGGUGAAGUGGCAGCAGUGGCCAACAACGGUGUCUGUGGUGUAGGUGUGGCUUACAACGCCCGAAUUGGAGGGGUGCGCAUGUUGGAUGGCGAGGUGACUGACGCAGUAGAGGCUCGUUCGCUGGGCUUGAACCCCAACCACAUCCACAUCUACAGCGCCAGCUGGGGCCCUGAGGACGAUGGCAAAACUGUGGAUGGGCCAGCCCGUCUCGCUGAAGAGGCCUUCUUUCGGGGAGUUAGCCAGGGUCGUGGGGGGUUGGGCUCCAUCUUCGUCUGGGCCUCGGGGAAUGGGGGCCGGGAGCAUGACAGCUGCAACUGUGACGGCUACACCAACAGCAUCUACACCUUGUCCAUCAGCAGCGCCACGCAGUUUGGCAACGUGCCCUGGUACAGUGAGGCCUGCUCCUCCACGCUGGCCACCACCUACAGCAGUGGCAACCAGAAUGAGAAGCAGAUUGUGACAACUGAUUUGAGGCAGAAGUGCACAGAAUCUCACACGGGCACCUCAGCUUCUGCCCCGUUGGCAGCUGGCAUCAUUGCUCUCACCCUGGAGGCCAAUAAGAACCUCACCUGGCGGGACAUGCAGCACCUGGUGGUACAGACCUCAAAGCCAGCCCACCUCAAUGCUAAUGAUUGGGCCACCAACGGUGUGGGCCGGAAAGUGAGCCAUUCGUAUGGCUAUGGGCUGUUGGAUGCAGGUGCCAUGGUGGCCCUGGCUCAGAACUGGACAACAGUGCCCCCCCAGCGGAAGUGCAUCAUUGACAUCUUGGUGGAACCCAAGGACAUUGGCAAACGGCUAGAGGUGCGCAAGUCUGUGACGGCAUGCCUGGGCGAGCCCAACCACAUCACCCGGCUGGAACAUGCUCAGGCACGGCUCACCCUGUCUUACAACCGCCGUGGUGACCUGGCCAUCCACCUUGUCAGCCCCAUGGGCACCCGCUCCACCUUACUGGCUGCCAGACCCCAUGACUACUCCGCUGAUGGGUUUAAUGACUGGGCUUUCAUGACAACUCAUUCCUGGGAUGAGGACCCCUCUGGCGAAUGGGUCCUAGAGAUUGAAAACACCAGCGAAGCCAACAACUAUGGGACGCUGACCAAGUUUACGCUUGUACUAUAUGGCACAGCUCCUGAGGGGCUCUCUACACCUCCUGAAAGCAGCGGCUGCAAAACCCUCACCUCCAGCCAGGCCUGCGUGGUGUGCGAGGAAGGCUUCUCAUUGCACCAGAAAAGCUGUGUCCAGCACUGCCCACCGGGCUUCACACCCCAAGUCCUCGAUACACACUACAGCACUGAGAACGAUGUGGAGAUCAUCCGUGCCAGCGUCUGCACCCCCUGUCACACCUCAUGUGCCACAUGCCAGGGCCCAGCUCCCACAGACUGCCUCAGCUGCCCCAGCCAUGCCUCCCUGGACCCUGUGGAGCAAACCUGCUCCCGGCAAAGCCAGAGCAGCCGAGAGUCUCGGCCUCAGCAGCAGCCUCCUGCACUGCACCCAGAGGUGGAGGUAGAGCCCCGGCUGCAGGCUGGGCUGCUGCCCUCUCAUCUGCCUGAGGUGGUGGCCGGCCUCAGCUGCGUUUUCAUCGUGCUGGUCUUUGGUACCGUCUUCCUGGUCUUGCAGCUACGCUCUGGCUUCAGCUUCCGGGGAGUGAAGGUGUACACCAUGGACCGCGGCCUCGUUUCCUACAAGGGGCUGCCCCCAGAAGCCUGGCAGGAGGAGUGCCCAUCUGACUCAGAAGAGGAUGAGGGCCGGGGCGAGAGGACCGCCUUUAUCAAAGACCAGAGCGCCCUUUGACGAGCCCACUCCCACCCCAUCAAAUUGAUCCCUUCCUCGGGCACUUUUUAAUUCACCAAAGUAUUUUUUUAUCUUGGGACUGGGUUUGGACCCUAGUUGGGAGGUAAGAGGGGCAGACACUGCUUCCUACCCUUGGGCCUACCUGUUUGCCUGAGGUGGGGGACCCAGGAGCCUCACACCCUCCCACCCCUCCACAUGGAGAAGGGGUAAAAUCUUUAGGGCAGCUUCCAAGGCCCAGCUGGAGUUCUGCAGAGUGAAGAGGGGCAGCCUUUCUCUGGGUCCUGACCACUGCAGCCCUACCCGUUCCUGCCCCUCAGAAAGCAAUAAUGGUCCCCAUCCAGGCAACAGGGAGGCCGGCCAGGAGGUACUGAAGACGGCGGCCACCUCUCCAAGGGCUUUUGCAUCCCCUGACCCUCAAGCUCGUGGGUGAACCUCCACAGCCGCUGCAGUUGUAGGAAGGGACCAAAGCGAAGCAGGCGCUGUCCAGCUCCAGCGUGCCCACCCUUACAUGCCCUCAGCCUGCCUCUGCACUCCAGGCCGAGCUGGGCAGGCACGGGCCAAACUAAAGCUCUGGGGGCCUUACGCUGGUGUCCUGACAUCCUGUCGAUGACACCUUUUCCCCCCUGCCAGGGCCCUGUUUUCUGAGCCCGGGGCUGCCUGGGCUGUUGGCACUCACAGUACCGGAGCCCCUGGGUGGGUGAUGGGAAGGGACGGUGGCCCAGCCGGCCCCUCCUGCCUCCCACCCGAUGCUGCUUUCCCCUGUGGGGAUCUCAGGAGCUGUUUGAGGAUAUAUUUUCACUUUGUGAUUAUUUCACUUUAGAUGCUGAUUUUUGUUUUUGUAUUUUUAAUGGGGGUAGCAGCUGGACCAUUGACCUCCUCACACCCAUGCCCACCCUGCCCUUCCCAUGGCUGCCCAGCCCUGAGGUAGAGGGGCCUGCAGCAUAUUGCUGAGGAGUAGGGAAUAACUAAGCCCCGUGCCCUGAAGAGGCAGGCUGGCCAGGUGGGCUCUAGGAAAGGGGGUUAUGGUAAGGGGGGGUAGACUGACAUCUGUGUUUCAAAUGGGGUUGUGCCAAGGGCUUAUGGGUCGCUGGCUCUCCAGUGCCAGGGGUGGGCAGGUGGUGGCACCAAGCCCUUUCUAACACUGUGCCCUGGUGGAGAAAGCAUAGCCUAUGAUGCCCCCCAAGCCCUCUCUUCUGAUGUGCCUUUUGCACCCCUCCCAUUAGGACAAUCAGUCCCCUCCCACCUGGGACCCCCUUUUUCUUUUCCCUAGCCUUUCCUCUGGUACCCAGCCUACCUGCCCAGGGGUGCCCCUUCUGCCCACCCCUCAUGGCCAUCCCGGCUGGUUUUGUAAGAUACUGGGUUGGUACACAGUGAUUUUUUUUUCUUGUAAUUUAAACAGGCCUGGCAUUGUUGGUUCUAUUUAAUGGACACAAGAUAAUGUUAGAGGUUUUAAAGUGAUUAAACGUGCAGACUAUGCAAACCAAG